AUGCUCCAGGCAAGCUCCUCGCUGCUUGCUCACAAGAUGCAAAAUGCCUCCCUCUUGAUUUUGAGCCUUGCCUUCCUUCCCCUAGAUACUUUCGUUCUGCUCGUCUCUCUUCUCAUGAGCAAAGCCCUUCCAACCAAGGUAAAGUCGAAUCGAAAAGCGGCAUAUCGCCAGACCGGAUUUAGAAGGCGGAGAGUCCUGGUCACUGGAGUCGGUAUGACCAAGGGAUUGGUGUUAGCACGACUCUUCUAUGAGGCUGGCCACGACGUUAUCGGAGCCGACUUUGAGCCCAACGGUUCGUUGGUCUGUGGGAGAGUAUCAACGUCUCUGAGGAGGUUCUACCGUCUUCAAAAGCCCGACCUGAAAUCCGGGUCCGCUCCGUAUAUCCAAAACCUGCUAGAUAUCGUGACCAAGGAGAAGAUCGAGCUCUGGGUCAGUUGCUCUGGGGUCUCCUCGGCGGUCGAGGACGGAAUGGCGAAAGAAGUUGUCGAAGCAAGGACCAGGUGCAAGGCCAUUCAAUUCGACGUCAAAACAACGCAGACUCUGCACGAGAAGCAUUCGUUCGUACAACAUACCAAGACCAUGGGUCUCGCGGUCCCUGAAACGCACGAAAUCACAAGCCGUGUGGCCGUUGAGAGGAUCCUGGGCAGCGCACCGCCUGGCCGAAAGUACAUCAUGAAGACGAUCGGGGUCGACGACUCAGCCCGCGGCGAUCUGACGCUGCUGCCCAAAGACUCGGACUGCGAAACGUCAGCGCACAUUGCACGGCUCCAGAUCUCAGCGGAGACGCCAUGGAUACUGCAGGAGUUCAUCGUGGGCAAAGAAUACUGCACGCACUCACUGGUCGUGGGAGGCCGGGUGAAGGCGUUCGUGGCCUGUCCCUCCGCCGAAUUGCUCAUGCAUUACCAGGCGCUCCCUGCCGAGUCAGCCCUGAGUCGGGCGAUGCUGGCGUUCACCGAGACAUGUGCUACGAGCGGCGGACCAGACUUUACAGGCCAUCUGUCUUUCGACUUCAUGGCGCAGGACGAGGAAGAGGAGCCGCCGUCGUCGGAUCCCGGAAACAGCAUCGUUCUUUACCCCAUCGAGUGCAACCCGCGGGCACACACUGCGGUGGCGCUAUUCGAGGGGACACCGGCGCUGGUGGACGCCUAUCUAUCGGUCCUCGAAAGCCAGCAUAGCAGUCGCCUGGCCGACGACGCUCCUCGGAUCACACGACCCGUGACGCACGGCAAGUCCUACUACUGGAUCGGACACGAUCUCGUCACCCUGGUCAUCCUUCCGACAUUGUCUUUCCUCACGCUAUCCGACGACGCGUCGAUCCCAGAUCUUUGUCAGGGUUACAUGGCCUUCUUCGACCACCUGCUGACAUGGAACGACGGCACGUACGCACUCUGGGAUCCGCUGCCCUGGUGGUGGUUGUACCACGUUUACUGGCCGAUGCGGUUCUGGAGCCGCAUCAGCCAGAGCAAGAAAUGGAGCCGCGCGAACGUCAGUACGGCCAAGAUGUUCGAGUGCUGA